AUGCGCGUGUGCACAGUCUGUCGACGGCUGCCUCUGCCAGCGAAGCAGGAGGAUCCGCCCCUCGAUGAGAGCUUUCUUGCAGGAAUCAAGGAGGAAUUGGCUUCCAUUGAAGAGAGCGAACAAAAUAUACAGGCUCUUUCGCAGGUCUUCCGCUUCUAUGCCGGGAAUGCGAGGCAGCUGGCACAGCUGCUCGUCGACUUCCUCAUGAAGCAGUGCUUUCCAUGGGAGCUUAUCCAUGCAUUCCACCUUCUGGACGACAUCUUGUUGUUGGACAACACCGGAUCCUACAAAGCCGAGCUGUCUGACCGCAUUCAGAUGGCAUCAGUUCAUACUUUCCGGAAAGUCCAGUCCGCUGCAGAAAAACGCGAAGUUGCACGUGUCCUCCAUGCUUGGCGUGAGCUGCGCAUCAUCAGCUCAGAGGUUGCAGAUGGCAUCGCCGCAACACUCCGCACGCUCGGGGGCGAGGCUGCUAGCCGAAUCUUGGAUGAAGCAUCUGCUCCAGACGACGAAGACGAUGAGCCCUAUUCGAUGCCUACUCGGGCAACUGGCCCAGCACCUGCUGCUAAGGGUCAGCCGCAGCCGGAACCGCCGACCAAGCGUGCCAAGGCAGGCCAAAAGGUGGCUGCGCCGACCCCUGCGCAGCCGCCGCGGACAGCAGAGAAGAUCCUGGCCUUGGUAAAGAGGAUAAUCGCCGCACCGGCGGAGAAGCCCUUUGAGCUGCUGGGUCUGGGCACUGGGUGCAAGGCCAGCGAGAUUCGAACGGCGUACAGGAAGAUCGCACUUCAGAUUCACCCCGAUCUGAAGGACUUUGCAAGGAAGCUCUCAUCAAACUUCAGCAGGGAAGAGAGCAGGCAGAAAGCGAGCUUCAGCAACGAGAGCUGCUUCGUUUGCAAGUUUGUCAAGGGAGCAUUCAGCUUUCUGGAGGGAGGGAAAGGGGUUUGCGCCAGGAACCGGAAGCCAAGCCUUCUGGGAAAUGCCCAUACCCAGGAUGCGACCUUCCAAGCUGCAAGCAGUGCCCGAACAGGAGCUGUGGAAAGCCUGGUGAAUCUCCGGGCCGAGAUCGUUGCAUCCCAGAAGCAGAUCCUUCGAAAGCUCGACACGGAGCUGGAGAAAAUGAAGAAGAGCACACCACCAGCUAGGACGUCAUUUCGCGAGGCGCAUGAGUUUGUUCCUGGGCCGCCACAGCCGCUCUCACCUUUGACACCCACCAGAGCUUGGGGCCCUGAAGGGAGGACAGAAACGAUGUCCACGAUGAUGUCAAAGCCGAACCUUCCCGGGGCGCUGGACAGUGAGGACGAUGCCCCAGCCGAUCCACGGACAACGCUCUCCCAAUUAUGGUCUGUUGCCGAGCAACGCAAGAAGCGAAUGCCUUGGAUCAAUAAGCAGAAAGCAGCUGGCACUGGCGCCACUGGCAUUGAAAAGCACAUGACACAAAAAGAGCUGGACGAGGAGCAGGUGCAUGGUACAGGCAGCCAGCCCAUUGCUCUUGAAGAGGAAGACAAGCGUGUAUUCUCACAGCUCAACUCGGAGUACGCGGUAGAGCAGUUGAGGAAAAAUGCUGUCGCGCAGUUCCGGGCCCAAUCCAGGCUUCCCCAGGAAAGCUGUUGGACGAAGAUCGUGAAUAGUCCGUACUUUGAGCGGGUCGGCCUUGCGAUGAUCUACUUGAACGCGAUCUGGAUUGCCGUGGACAUUCAGUACAACAAAGCCCCUACAGUGCUGGAGGCAGAGGCAGGCUUCAUCGCUGCAGAGGUCUUCUUCCUGAUUUAUUUCUCGGCAGAAUUGCUCUUCCGGUACAUGUCCUAUCCCACCACACGGCAGGCCUUCAAGGACCCAUGGUUUUGGUUUGAUUUGCUGCUGGUGGUCAUCAUGGUCGUAGAGACAUGGCUUAUUCCCAUCUUUGACUUGAUCAUCACGGGCCUCGCAGAUGCUGGCAACGGCAUGGGGAGAAGUGCCUCCGCUUUUCGCACCGUGAGAGUGCUCCGUGUUCUUCGCACUGCACGAAUCAUCCGGGUUGCCCGCUACAUGCCCGAGCUCAUGAUCUUAAUCAAGGGGUUGAUGGUUGCAGCUCGUUCCGUCUUCUUCACCUUGGUGCUGCUGCUCCUUGUGACGUAUGUGUUCAGCAUAGCAAUCACGCAGCUGGCAGCAGGCACCGGGACCACAAUGGAGGCAGAACAGUUUCCUAAUGCGCUGGUCACAGUUUUGAACUUGAUCAUCGUGAGCACGAUGCCGGAUCAGAAAGACUACUACGAAAUGGUUCGAGAUGAAGGAGACUGGUUCAUGGCUCUGCUCUUCCUCGUCUUCGUCAUGUUCAGCUCACUCAUCGUCAUGAACAUGUUGGUCGGCGUGUUAGUUGAAGCCGUCCAAACCGUGGCGACGGUGGAGCACGAGCAGAUUCACAUCGACUUCGCCAAACGCGUUUUGUGGGAGAUGCUGGACAGCGGGGGUGCGGAUGAAGAUGGAGACAACCUCAUCUCAGAGCAGGAGUUCUUGAAACUUCUCGAGACGCCAGAGGCUGCGAAAGCCUUGAAUCGGCUUGGCGUGGACAAUGUCGCCGCUGUUGAAUACGGAAGCCUUCUCUUUGAGGAUGGGCAGCCUCUGACUUUUGGCGAGUUCUUGGAGGGCAUGCUCCUGCUACGUGGGUCGAACCAAACCACAGUCAAGGACAUUGUCAAUCUGCGCAAGUACGCCUCGGAUGAGUUCUCCCAUCUUCAUGUGGUGUUGGCCGAGCUUUGCAAGGUCCUCGCAGGUCAGCAAUCUGCACCUCUCCAAGCCACGGCGAAGCUUCUCCAGGAGAAGAUCGAUGCAUACGAGAAGGUCGGGUCGAUUCAUGCCGAUGAAGUGUGA